CUUUCAAACAUAUGUAACUGCGUGACAACUUCUCUCUAUAGCAAGAGCACUAAUUUUAAAAGUAAACUUUAAAUGCCAAUAUGGUCUUAUUAGGUGAGAUAUUUCCAAAUUUUGUGGCUGAGACGCAAAUGGGUCCAAUUCAUUUUCACGAUUGGCUAGGUGACUCAUGGGGCAUUUUAUUUUCUCAUCCAAAUGAUUUUACGCCGGUAUGUACAACAGAAUUAGCUCGAGUCUUAAAAUUAAUGCCCGAAUUUGAAAAGUUAGGAGUAAAAGUUAUUGCUUUAUCUUGCAAUUCAAUCGAUUCACAUCGUAAAUGGAUAGAAGAUAUAAAGGCCUAUGCUGAAAUAACCGAUGAAGAAUUUCCCUACCCUAUUAUCGAAGAUGAAGCGCGAAAACUUGCAACAUUGUUAGGAAUGUUAGAUCCUGCAGAAAUUGACAGUCACGGUAUUCCUAUGACUGCUAGAGCAGUAUUUAUUAUUGAUCCUGCUAAAAAAAUGAGAUUAUCAAUUUUAUAUCCUGCAACCACUGGAAGAAAUUUCGAUGAAAUUUUACGAGUGAUCGAAUCGCUACAGUUAACAGAAAAUUAUAAAGUAGCAACUCCAGUUGAUUGGAAGAUAGGUGAACAUGUUAUGAUUCAACCUACUGUUUCAGACGACGAAGCGAGAAUGAUGUGUAAUGAUUUUAAAACUGUACCACUACCAUCGGGUAAAACUUACUUGCGUGUUAUACCUCAACCGCUGUAUAAAUAA